AUGGCGUUUUGGAAGCCGGGGGCGGAGCGGCCAGCGAGUGCGCUGGACCGUGCAUCGGUGCGCGAGCAGGAUCUCGGUAUUGAUCUGGCGCAGAGCGCGUACGUCGAUGCGGGGCAGCGCGAGCGCCUGCCCGUCUUUCAGCACAAAAGCGAGCUGCUGUACCUCCUCGAGAAGCACGGCGUGGUGAUUGUUGUGGGCCAUACCGGCUGCGGAAAGACGACACAAAUUCCCCAGUACGUGCGCGAGGCGGGGUGGGCCGCCGACGGACGCCAGAUUGUCUGCACGCAGCCCCGGCGCGUGGCCGCCACGUCGGUCGCGGCGCGUGUCGCGAGCGAGACCGCGACCAAGCUCGGGGAGGAGGUAGGGUACGCUGUGCGGUUCGAGGAUUGCACGCAUCCACUGCACACGCGGCUCAAGUACACGACGCCCGGUCUCUUUUUUCGCGAAUGCAUGCGCGACCCGCUUCUCUCGCGCUACAGCGUGAUUAUGGUCGACGAGGCGCACGAGCGGGGCGUGUACACCGAUCUGCUGGUGGCGCUCCUCAAAAAGAUCCGGCGCAUGCGCCCCGAGCUGCGCAUCAUUGUGUCGAGCGCGACGAUGGACGCCGAGGCAUUCGCGCGCUACUUUGACCCGGCGUACGCGGGCAAACCGACAGAAAACGUCGCGAUCCUCUCCCUCGAAGGGCGCUCGUUCCCCGUGGAAGUCGCCUACACGCCGACGCCGGUGCCAGACUAUGUCGCAGCCGCCGUCGAGGCCGCAUGGAGCAUUCAUAUGACGCAGCCGAUCGGCGAUAUCCUCGUCUUUCUCACCGGCCGCGACGAGAUCCAGACGGCGCUGCAGGCGCUCCAGGACAGGUACACGGCGCUCCCUCCGGGCUCGCUGCCGAUGCUGCUCCUGCCGCUGUACGCUGGCCUGGCGCCGAGCGAGCAAGGUGCCGUCUUUUUGCCGGCGCCGCGGGGGACGCGCAAGGUGAUUGUCGCGACGAACGUCGCCGAGGCGAGUGUCACGAUCGACGGCAUCGUCUAUGUGAUUGACGCAGGCUUUACAAAGGAAAAGCAGCUGGAUAUUGCGACGGGUAUGGACGUCCUGGCCGUCGUUCCCGCAUCGCAGGCCGCCCUCGCUCAGCGCGCGGGCCGCGCCGGGCGCACCGCGCCGGGCAAGUGCCUACGCCUCUUUCCGGAAUCGCAGCUGGCGAGCCUGCCAAAAGGGCCGGUGCCGGAGCUGGUGCGCUGCGACGUUGCGCCGUACCUCUUGCAGCUCAAGGCGCUCGGCAUUGAUAACCUCGCGCGCUUCGACUUUGUUCCCCCCGCGCCGAGCGCAGAUGCAAUGGCCAGCGCGCUUACGUACCUCGCCUCGCUCGAGGCGCUCGACGAGCACGGCCGGCUCCUUCCCCUGGGCGAGCGCCUGGCCGAGGCGCCGCUCGAUCCGAUGAUGGCCCGUGCACUCCUCUACGCAGCGCAGGUCGGGUGCACCGAAGAGAUGCUGACCAUUGCGGCGAUGACGUCGGUCGCCUCGCCGUUUACCGCGUUCGAGUACGGCCCCUCGAUGGACGUCGCGGCGGAGAUUUCUCGGCGCAAGUUUGUGGCCGAAGAAGGCGACCACCUCACGCUGCUCAACGUGUACAACGCAUUUGUGCAUCCCCGCAUCGGGCAGCAGUCGCCCAAGUGGGCGGCCAAGUACGCCCUCUCCUAUGCGUCGCUGCGGCGUGCACAGGCGAUCCGUGCGCAGCUCAAAAAAUACGUGACGCUCCACUGGCAGCUCCCGCUGGAGAGCAGCGACGAUGGGACAAAAGUACGCAAGUGCCUCGUCGCGGGCCUCUUUAAGAACGCUGCCCAGCGCAUGGACGACGGGAGCUACCGCAGCGCGCGGCACAAUGCGGUGCUGCACGCACACCCGUCGUCGGUGAUGUUUACGCGCGCGCCCCCCGAGCGGUGGGUCGUGUUCCAGGAAGUGACGCACACCACCAAGGCCAUGAUGCGGGAUAUCACCGUGAUUGACCAAGCGUGGCUGCUUGAGCUUGCGCCCCACUAUUACGAACUGCAACGCCCCCCACGGCGGUAUUAA